AACAUCCGCUAAUUUUGCCUUGCGAGCCAGGAUGCGCCCUGCACGUACACGUUGCUCCUGAGAUGUGAUAUGUGCAGCAACGCAUACUGUAGCAAUGUACUUGCCAUCUGCACAGCACACAUCAUCUUGCUUCAUCAUGCCCUCAACCCGGAUACCAACGGGCCUAAAGAUGACAUGUGCGCGCAAUUGCCUCGGUGCUCACGCCAAACAAAUCGACGACAACUGUCAUCCCAACGCGAACACAUCCUGGCUAAUACCGCAAAUGCCGCGUUGCGGUUGGCUGGAUUUUAUUUCUGGGGGUCCAAUAGUGUCGGAGAUGGUUUCUCGAAUGUCACACCAAGGCAAUCACGAUUUACCCGGUGACAAGACUUCGCGCUCACAGGAUCGGCUCGCUCCUCACCUUGGCCCGUGCCAGGUUCGAACGACCGUAGAAGCUGCCAAGGAUCUAUGCUUCGAAUCUUGUUCCUUUCAUACGCCGCAACCUUUGUGAUCGGACUUUGAUGCUCACAUUUUAGCCGAAACAUGAUCACAUCGCAUACUGGUACUACAACUCGUAACAAUGCCGAAAGCUAGCCAAAGCCCGCAAGUGCCAAACAUUCAUCUCGGAGCAG